AUGGGUUUACCUCUUUCUCUCUUCAUUUUCAUGCCCUUCCUUAUCGUGCUUUCAUUGUUGCAUCUUGUACUCACCCAUUCUUCUCCUUUUAUGCAACCCCUGUGCCAUCACAACGACAGCUCUGCCUUGUUCCAAUUCAAGGAAAGCCUCGUCAUAAAAGAGUUUAUUUCUUUUGUUCGAGCUCCUACUUGUCAAAAUAAGGUUGCGUCUUGGAGAGUAGAAGGGGACAAAAGUGAUUGCUGCUCAUGGGAUGGGGUGGAGUGCGAUGGACACACUGGUCAUGUAAUUGGCCUCAACCUCAGUAACAGCUGUCUAUUUGGUUCUAUUAACUCCAACAGUAGCCUUUUUCGCCUUGUUCACCUCCAAAGCCUUAACCUUUCCUACAAUCACUUUAACGUCUCUCAUAUCCCAUCCCAGGUACGUGAUCUUUCAAGGCUAAUAGAUUUCGAUCUCAGUCGGUCUCAUUUUGUUGGUCAAAUCCCGUUAGAAAUUUCACAAUUGUCGCACUUGUCAUCUCUCGACCUGUCCUACAAUUAUAUGUACUCUUUUGACCCCUUGAUCAAGUUGGAACUCAAAGAGCCCAUCCUCAAAAGCCUAGUUGCAAAUUUGACCAGCCUACAAAAGCUUGAUUUGAGUUAUGUGAACAUGAGCUCUACGGUGCCUAAUAUUUUGGCAAAUUUGUCUUCUUUAACGCACCUCGGUCUUAGUGAAUGUGGUUUUUCUGGUCAAAUCCCGUCAGACAUUUCACAAUUGUCGCACUUGUCAUCCCUCGAUUUGUCUUAUAACUUUGAUUUGGAACUCAAAGAGCCCAUCCUCAGAAGCCUAGUUGCAAAUUUGACCAGCCUACAAAAGCUUGAUUUGAGUUAUGUGAACAUGAGCUCUACGGUGCCUAAUAUUUUGGCAAAUUUGUCUUCUUUAACGCACCUCGGUCUCAGUGGAUGUGGUUUUUCUGGUCAAAUCCUGUCAGAAAUUUCACAAUUGUCGCACUUGUCAUCCCUCGAUUUGUCUUUUAACUUUGAUUUGGAACUCAAAGAGCCCAUCCUCAGAAGCCUAGUUGCAAAUUUGACCAGCCUACAAAAGCUUGAUUUGAGUUAUGUGAACAUGAGCUGUACGGUACCUAAUAUUUUGGCAAAUUUGUCUUCUUUAACGCACCUCAGUCUCGAAAGUUGUGGUUUGCACGGGGAAUUUCCAAAAGGCAUCUUUAAGCUAUCAAAGUUACGGUAUCUUGAUGUAUAUGGUAAUGAAGGCCUCACCGGUUAUUUGCCUGACUUUACAUGGAGUAGUCCGCUUGAGACAUUGGCUGUGGGAUACACGAGUUUCUCAGGUGAGCUACCCGCUUCCACAGGAAACUUUAGCUUCCUGACUUACUUGAGUAUGUCGGGUUGCAAUUUUUCGCGGUCCAUUCCAUCUUCACUUGGUAACCUCACUAAACUCACUCAUCUUUACCUUUCCUUGAACUAUUUCGUGGGUAAUGUUCCGCAUUCACUUGGAAACCUUGUUGAACUAUCUUCUUUAGACAUUUCCUACAAUCAAUUGACAGGUCCAGUCCCUUCAAUUCUUGGAAACCUUGUUCAACUAUCUUCUUUAUACAUUUCCCACAAUCAAUUGACAGGUCCAAUCCCUUUUGAGUUUUAA